CAUCUUCAUCAACAACAGUCACAUUGCCAUCCAUGAACUACAGACAUCUUUCAUAUUGACAGCUGAUUUGGGGGAGCUCUUCUCCUUGACAGAAACCUAAUAUCUCCCAUAAGAAAAAUGGAGGAAAGAAACAUCAGCGAAAUGCUAAGAGUGGACUCAAAGAUCCUAAACAGCACAGCUGUGAAUGAAAGCGCCCCUGGAAUGUUCUUUUGUGUAGUAGUGUUUAAUAGAAUGAUUUUGCUUUCCUUCAUCGUUGCCCUAGUUGGGCUGGUUGGAAAUGCCACAGUGCUAUGGUUUCUGGGCUUCCAGAUGCCUAGGAAUGCCUUCUCUGUCUACAUCCUCAACCUGGCUGGUGCUGACUUUCUCUGCAUUUGCUUUCAUAUUGGACAUUAUUUAUAUAAUAUCUUGGACACUGAUUCCAUCCCCAUCGAAGUUCCUGCAUUUUUCACUGUUGUGAGAAACUUUGCUUAUCUUUGUGGCCUGAGCAUUCUUAGUGCCAUUAGCCUUGAACGCUGCCUGUCUGUCCUGUGGCCCAUCUGGUAUCGCUGCCAACGCCCAAGGCACACAUCAGUUGUCAUAUGUACCUUGCUUUGGGUCAUGUCCCUAGUCUUGAGCCUCUUGGAAGGAAAGGAAUGUGGUUUCAUAUUCAGUUUAAGUGGUUCUCAUUGGUGUCCGAUAUUUGAUUUUAUCACUACUGCAUGGUUAAUUAUUUUAUUUGUGCUUCUCUUGGUGUCCAGUCUGGCCUUGGUGAUUACUAUCUUCUGUGGCUUACACAGGAUUCCUGUGACCAGGCUGUGUGUGGCCAUUGUGUUAACAGUGAUGGUCUUCCUGCUCUUUGGUCUGCCCUAUGGGAUCUAUUGGUUCCUCUUAGAGUGGAUUGAGGGAUUUAAUUAUAUUUUUCUUUGUAGUUUUUAUUCAGUGGCAUUAUUUCUAUCCUGUGUUAAUGGCUGUGCCAACCCCAUCAUUUACUUCCUCGUAGGUGCCAUUAGGCAUCAUCGGUUCCAACGGAAGUCUCUCAAGCUACUUCUGCAGCAAGCCAUGCAAGACACUCCUGAGACAGAAGAAUGUAUAGAGAUGGGUUCCUCUGAAAGAUCUAGAGAGAUUAAAAACAGUCUGGAAGAGACUAAGAGCUGCUUUGAUCAGUCAUAAAUAGUUCUGAAGAGAACUAUGUCCUUAUCAGUUUGUGCCAUUUUCAUACCAUUGUUUAGUUGGUGACCCAAGGAAACUCAGUUGGGAAAGUAGUCAAUGUUGUAGAAGUUGAUUGAUAUUUGACUUGUUAUAAAUACUGAGUGCAGUAUUUUGCAGUUAUCUUGCUCAGGGCUUUCCCAACUUCUUUUGAUGUUACUUCUUGUAAAAUGUAUGGUGUCUAGGAGAGCUUUUGACCACAAUUGACAAAUCCCUUCUUUAGAAGAAGGCUGAAUGAAGUGCAGGAAAGAGUUGCAUUGCUUAACUUGAUAGUGGAUACAUUCAUGUUAUAGUUUGCAAAAUAGUAUCCUUUCUUUCUUCAGUGUUGAAGGGUAAAAUAGAUACGAUUUAUAGUCCCAGAUUUUACUAAUUUCUGUAGAUUUUAAUGAGUGUAUGGAGCAAUAGUCUUUUUAAUAUAAAUUUCUUAGUAAAAAAUACAUAUUCUCAAAAGAAGUCGUUAAAUCAUUAUUUACCCAGUGGAGUCCUCAUCUUCAAGUUCACUCAUGUUCAAAUUUCAGCAUUGGAAGAGUCCAGUCAGAUUUUAUAAUGAGAUCAAUCAGCAUCCAUAUGCACAGGGAAAUGGAGAAUGUCUGUCCUCUGUUUCCUUCACAGUGUACUACUUAGCAUCUCAUGGUUCAGUCUUGUCUUUGUCAUGAUUCUCCUACUCUCCUACUGUAUAAUCCCUCAAGUUUCCAAUGAGUUCCUCUAGCAUAGGCUCCCUUGAAAUCAAACUUAUUUUAAAUUUAUACCAUUUCCAGGAAUCCACAGCAUUUAUUAAUUAUGUAAAAUUUAGUAAAACUUUCUAUAAAAUAAUAUUUCUUUUGUAAAGCUGCAGUAUGUGAUAAUUCAAUUGCCCUACAAUUAAAAGAAUACAAUAUCAACAGACUAAAGUAAGCAAAUCAACAGAUUUUUUAUUUUUUCUGUUUUUUUGGAUAUUUUAUGUAUUUACAUUUCAAAUGUUAUCCCCUCCCCUGGUUCCCCACUCUACCAUCUCCUUCCCCUGUUUCUAUGAGGACGCUGCCCCUCCCACCCACUCAUUCCCACCUCAACAUCCUGGCAUGCCCCUACCCUGUCUUUAUUUUAACAGAAAAGGAUCAUAUGCUGUGUUUCCAUUUUAAUUAUUAACAAGGCUUUUUUUAAGUUCAAAAAAGAGAGGUGAGUAGUUUAAAGAAAGGCCUGAUGGGAAAUGGAAUAAAUGAGGUAUUGAUCCAGGAAAAGACAUCACCCAGCUAAGCUUUCAACUUACACAAAGGAAGUAGCUAAAGACUCUCUUAAAGAAAAUAAAUUAUUCAGAAAAUGAAAGCAAUAAAUCAAAGCUUAUGCAAAUGUAAUUCAAAAACGUGAAGCUGUACGAUCUGUGCCACUUUAUGUACCAAACAUGUACUUGUCAGUUUAAUAUUGAGCAGACUGCAGAAGUUGGCAGUAUCAGUCAUCUGGUUCUGGCAUCAAGAAGGAGGCAGGAGUGAUAGGGUUGUAGAAUCUUCCUCUAAGGUUAGGAAAAGUGAAGGAGACCAACCACAAAGCAGAAGUUCCUUGCACGGAGACCUGGAAAGGUCUGGAAACUGUGAAAAUGAAGCCUGAUUUACUGGAAGUGCCAAGAUAUUGGAGAUGCCAGAAAUAUGGGAUACCUGCCAAGAAGAGCUUUAUAGAGAGCAAAACCAGCACAAGAGAAAGAAGUGUAUUGCAGUAAAAAAGCGGAACAUUCACAAUAAUCUCAGCCUUUUGAUGGCAAAACAUGAAGUUACAGGAUUUAGGUUUUGCCCUGCUAGAUUUUGAUUUUGCUUGGCUCAAUAUUUCCUCACUAUGUCCCCAUUCCUCUCUUUUGGAAUGGAUGAUAAUGUAUGAUCUGUGCCUCUGUAUGUUGGAAAAAAAUGUGCUUUGCUAUUUGAUUUGACAAGGAGUUACAAUUACAAUUAUGAGAUUUCUUUGAGUCUUAUAAGAGACCUUUAAACUGUUUUGAGACUGUGAAAGACUGUAAGUACUUUUCAGGUUGGAAUUAAUGUGUUUUUACCUGUGGUAUAGUUACAAAAUUAUUUGGUACAAGGAUUGAAAUGUGAUGGUUUAUCCAAAAAUGUCUCAAUUUUGGAAUGCUUACUUCUAAGUAGGGAGAACUGUUUGGGAUGGAUUAAAAUGUUUGUCCUUGUUGGAGGAUAUCUUAUUAGGGGUAGUCUUUGAGGUUUCAAAAGCCAGUAUUAUUACCAGUUAGCACUUUAUCUGCAUCAAGCUUGAGGGUCACAUUUGAGCUUUCAGCAAAUGCCCCAGUGCCAUAUCAAUCUUGCCUGCUGUCAUGUUUCUAGUUAUGAUGAUCAUGGAUUAUACUCCAUGGAAAUUGUGAGUCUCCUUAUUGAAUAUGUUUUUUAUGAGUAGAUUUUGUCAUAGCAACAGCACUUUCUUUUACUUCAUAUUUUGUUAAUAUUUUUAAAACUAUAUGUUUUGCAUUCUAACAUAAAGACUUGAUGGAAACUACAUUUUUCCUUAUAUAUCCUAUAUAGAUACUGAGACUUUAAAAUAAAUUCUACUUCUAAA